GAAGUACAAGUGAUGAAGAGUGAGUGUAUAAGACAGUAUGAGCCUCUCAUCCGCUUCUCUUUAUCAUCACACACAAACCAUAUGAGUGUGUGAAGAUUCUGCAGAGAGGUGCAAAGUAAGCAGCAGUCAGUCAGAGUUUGAUCAGCGAUGGGCGGCGGAGGACAGCAGACAGACCGGAUCGCCGAUACCAAUGGGAGGUUCGGCACGUACACCUGGGAGGAGGUGCAGAAACACACUAAGUCUGGAGAUCAGUGGAUCGUGGUGGAAAGGAAGGUUUAUAAUGUGAGCCAGUGGGUGAAGAGACACCCCGGAGGACUGAGGAUCAUCGGACACUAUGCUGGAGAAGAUGCCACGGACGCAUUUAAUGCGUUUCAUCCAAACCUUCAGCUCGUGAGGAAAUACAUGAAGCCGCUGUUAAUUGGGGAGCUUGAGGCGUCUGAGCCCAGUCAAGACCGGCAGAAAAACGGGGCACUUGUGGAGGAUUUCCGAGCCCUUCGUGAGCAUCUGGAGGCUGAGGGGUGUUUCAAAACCCAGCCCCUGUUUUUCAUCCUGCAUCUGGGUCACAUCCUGCUCCUGGAGGCCAUCGCCCUGAUGAUGGUGUGGUACUUUGGAACCGGCUGGAUCAACACGGCCAUCGUUGCCGUUAUACUGGCUACCGCACAGUCGCAGGCUGGAUGGUUGCAGCAUGACUUCGGUCAUCUGUCCGUGUUUAAAAACUCACGAUGGGAUCACUUAUUGCACAAAUUUGUCAUCGGACACCUGAAGGGAGCAUCUGCGAGCUGGUGGAACCAUCGCCACUUCCAGCAUCACGCUAAACCCAACAUUUUAAAAAAGGACCCAGACGUCAACUUGCUCAAUGCGUUUGUAGUGGGAAACGUGCAGCCUGUGGAGUACGGCAUUAAAAAGAUCAAGAAUCUGCCUUGCAACCAUCAGCACAAGUACUUCUUCAUUGGACCUCCGCUGCUCAUUCCGGUGUAUUUCCAGUUCCAGAUCUUUCACAAUAUGAUCGCACAUGGUCUUUGGGUGGACCUUGUGUGGUGUAUAAGUUACUACGUUCGCUACUUCCUGUGUUACACGCAGUUCUACGGUGUGCUUUGGGCGGUGCUUCUGUUUAAUAUCGUGAGGUUCAUGGAGAGUCACUGGUUUGUGUGGGUGACCCAGAUGAGCCACAUCCCCAUGGACAUCGACUACGAGAAACACCAAGACUGGCUUAUCAUGCAGCUGGUUGCAACCUAUAACAUCGAGCAAUCCUACUUCAACGACUGGUUCAGCGGACACCUCAACUUUCAGAUCGAGCACCAUCUCUUUCCCAUGAUGCCUCGGCACAAUUACUGGCACGCCGCUCCACGCGUGCGAGCGUUGUGUGACAAAUACGGAGUCAAGUACCAAGAGAAGAGCUUGUAUGAGGCCUUUGCGGACAUCAUCAGGUCUUUGGAAAAAUCUGGAGAACUCUGGCUGGAUGCGUACCUCAACAAAUAAAACCUCACUUCUGCUUGCAUUAAAAAAUGAAAAGCUGAGCAGAAUCCACCAAUCAGAGCAAGCAUGUCGCAGAAUAGGCGUUAAAAAGUCUCGUAACUAAAAGACCAGUCUAUCAGAUUGUCAAAAUGACACGUAGCACUUCUGUUUUUGGUGUUUGAAGGGUAAUUGUGGCACUUUGAAUGUGUUUUAAAGAGACUGAGAUGUAUGUGUCUCGCUCCUAGGACAUAUCUGAAGGUACAAGAACGUGCUUGAAUGUACCUGGAAGUUGUGUGAUUGCUGGAUUACAAUCGCUGAAUUUUAGAUUUGCAUAGUUGCUAGAUGCAUUGAAUAUUUUGAGGGUAAUUUCUGAGGCACAAUCUUUUUAGUAGUCACUUUAUUUCUGAAAUUUACAAUACAGUGAUUUGGUUUUUAUAAAUAACAUUUGGAGAAACUAGCAGAGGAUAAUACUACUUCCGGUUUAAUAUGACAUUUAAUUUGAUUUCCUACAAUUGUUAUCUGAUUAAACUGAUUAAAUCUCAUCUGUGUGUCUUUUUAAAGUGUCUCUAUUGUGAUUAAACCACAUACUGUAAGAUCAAAGUCUCUAAAUGCGCUUUAUACAAAUAAAAAAAAAGACGUGCAUGAAUCCAGCUGAUAAAUAUACUGUUCUCGCUUCAUUCAUUCGAUAUAAUGAUCAGCAUCGGAACAUGCAUGAUGCGACUGAAUUUAGCACAUUAUUUACAUUUGUUUCUUUCAAAAACCAAUGUCACAGAUCAAACCCCAGAAAACAUUCACUCCGCUCAGACACGGGUGAAUCUCACCUGUCAACAUGUACGAGUCACACUGAACCACUACAAGAAAGAUGUGUAUUUUGCUUAAAUUUA